UCGCGGUAAAAAGGCAUGUUAUUUGUUAAUUUGAAAAGCACUAUAGCGUUAACUGUUUGUGAUUUGUUUACAUACGUAUCACUUAAUAUUUGAAUAUAAACAAACAUGUUAGUGGAAAACAUUACCUAAUACAAAGUGUACCAAUUUUAAUUAUAUUCACACACCAUAUACAUUCACAAAAUGUCAAAAAUAUUGAUUAUUUUUUUAAGUUUAUAAAAACUUGAAUAACUAUAAAGAGUAUUAGGAGCAUAUUCCGUAAACAUUACUAAGGAAUCCAAAAAGAUUAAUUUUAAUGAAGGCAAAACGUAUUUCAUUAUUCAGCACAAAUUUUUGUUUGGUACCUACUAGUUAAUAUUUCACAAGUCAACUUGAAAAAUUGAAAUGGCGAAACAAGUUGCUGAAGUAGAAAUACAUGCUUCAGACUCCCAGGAGACCCUUGUGGACGACAAUCUGGAGGUCAGCGUGGAUCUGAUUGACAAAAAUCUUUAUUUAGGAAACCUGGCAUGUGCACACAGUCAAACGACAAUACAAACGCUUGGAAUAACUCACAUCUUGACAGUGGACUUGGUUCCUUUACCGAGGAUUAUACUAGAACGUCCUCAUCUCAUAUUUAGAUAUGUGAAAUUGGCUGAUGUGCCCAAAGAAGACUUAAUAAGUCAUCUUCCCACUACCAACAAUUAUAUAAGUGAAGCCAUCGACAGUGGAGGAACUAUAUUAGUGCAUUGUUAUUUUGGUGUAUCCCGUUCAGCAGCUGUUGUUAUAGCAUACAUAAUGAAGAAGUACGGGCUGUGUUACGAGGAAGCCUUCUCGUUGGUCAAAAACAAGAGACGGUUCAUUGGUCCAAAUGUAGGAUUUGUGGCACAGCUCAAAUUGUAUGGGCACAUGGGAUGUGCGAUUAACAAAGAUGACCCCAGAUACAAACAGUUUAGGUUGAAAAUGGCAGGCCAAAAGUUAAAACAAGUGAAGAUCCUGCCGCAAGUGUUCUGGGAGCUGGUGAAGCCGGACCCUGGCGUGGUCCGCGAGCGCCCCUCGCCGCACGUGUACCGCUGCGUGCGCUGCCGCCGCGUGCUCGCCGCGCACAACAACCUCAUCCCCCACCUGCCGCGCCCGCUCAAACUGCAACUCGCCAAGAAAGGUAUAAGGCCUCCUCCAAGUAAACUGACGGGUUUGACCUGCGUUGAAAACGGAGAGAUCCUGAUACAGAAGUUGAAGAGCCUCGCCUGUCAGAUCCUCGAGAGCGACGAGCAGGCUGACGGGGGACACGGCGGUGACGAAAUGGAAGGAAGCAAUCAGGAGUUACUGGACGGUUACAACGAGCAGAACCUGGUGGACGGCAGUAUAGUGCCGCGGGAAUGCGAGACGAUAUGCCGGCAGAUGUGGUUCGUGGAGCCGAUGGCGUGGAUGAGUGACGUCACGCACCAGCCCAGCGGGAAGCUGCACUGUCCCAAUUGCAAGAACAAGAUCGGGAGCUUUAGUUGGGUUAUGGGUUGCAAAUGUCCGUGCGGUCAGAAAGUGGCUCCAGCUUUCUAUUUAGUACCAUCCAAAGUGGAGAGAUCUAAUAUAGUUCAAAACGUACAAACCACUGUAUAAAACGUAUAGUAUAGUUUUGAUUUGCUAGUCAGAGCUACAGACGCUUAAAGCAUUAUUCUCGACUCUCUCAGCAUGGAAACGAUAAAAAAAAAU